AGCAGCAUUAGCAGGCAACGAGAGCGGCGGGCCUCCGAAGAGCAGGUUGCGAGAGCGGCCGGGUGUCAGUCUCUCCCAGACCUUCCCGGUGUAAGCGACUCCUCUUCGCACAGACACGCACACACACAACACGCACUUCACAGCCACCACUCCACCUGCUCCACUCGCUGCUCCGCCAACUCCGAGAAACGCUUCUCAAGUCUGUUUUCGUCUGUUCACACAAAACGUUGUUAUUAUCAUCAUCUCUUGUUUCCCCCCCCAAUUUAAAAAAAAAUAUAUAUACAAUUUUUAUUUUCCACCGAACAACAUCAAGACUGGUAGAAGAAUAUAUGAUAUAUAUACAUAUACUUUGUUGUUGUUGUUGAUCUGUCACCACCAAAACAUUCUCUGCAGAGUAACUGAAUGAAAUUCAAAACACGUGCCUCCUGAGUGCCACACACACACAGUUCCGUGGUUUUGUCAGUCUUAUCAACCAACGUAAUCAAAAUAAACAAUAGAAACUUGUCAAGUCGUCAUCCGGGAGAUAGCAUUCUUAUAGUGAUUUGGUCAUCAGUUCAUUCAGUUGUCAAAGCUUCCAGGUCGGUAGUCUGUGAAGUGCUCUCUGUCCACACUUUCUUUUGAGGGUCGUCACUGUCCCAAAACACAACCAUUUUCAAGGCCUUUUGUUCCUUUUAACUGCGACAGAGACUCAAGAACCAGAGAGGAGAGGAACCGGAGUUCUGACUCAGAAUAACUGAAGAUCUCUGUGUUGACCAACAGUUUGCCAGUUCGUUAGUUUUUACCUUUCAAACACAACCCACAACAAGAGAUAGAGAGAACCCACUCAAGCCCCCAGACCCCCCCCCACAACCCCCGACACAACCAUUGUUUGCUUAGAAAGGGCCCCCCUACAAACUUCAAAAUUUCCUUAACAAACAAACAACCAUUCCCGUGGGUAUCGUGCCCCUUAAUUAACGAGUGUAGUCCCCCUGACCCGCCGAGUGUCCAGUCCACCAAUAUGGCGGCUGCCCUUGUAGCGAGGGGUCCUGUCCGCUCGCGGUCCACUGAAAUCCUGUGUGCUGGUUCCUUUAGCAUCGUCGUGGACAGUGUGGACGGGGAUGUGACCGGCGGCCCCGCGGACGACGAGGUCUUCGGGGAGGACUCCUCGCUGCCCCUGGGAAUCGACGCCGACGCCCGCAGCGACAUCUCCAACGCAUCGAGUCGCGGCUCCAGGACUUCGCUCAGCAAGGAGGAGACCGAUGCCAAGUUAGCUCUUUUCAAGACUGAGGCGGCAGCCCGGCUGACGGAGCUGGAACGACUCCUGGACGAGCACGACCAAAUCAUCCGGGAGCUCAAGCGGUCGGAGAGCGACGGCGCCGGCAUCAACUACGCCGGGGUGGCAUCUGCCCCGACGCCCGCGACGCCCCUAGACAUCCUGCCCAUCACCGUCACCCCUCCGACGACCUCCCGCACGGCACCCACAUCCCCCUCGACAUCCCAGCCCAGGAAUUCACAGUAGCGAAGCUACGAUUUAACACACUUUAGAGAAAAAUAAAAUAAAAGAAUAAAGGUUUUAUUGUAUAAAAUGAGGUUCUUCUUAUUAUUUUCUAUAUAUGUUUUUAGAUUUUUUCCCUUCUUUGUAGAAGAGUGAUUCUCCGAAUAGCAAGGACUUGUGUAUAUUUGCACGACGUUUGUUUGUGUGUAUCGUUUAUCUUUCGAGAAUUCUUGCCGAUUCUCUCUUCGUUCGUCUGUGUCUUGUCUCCCGCUAAGUUUCUAAAACGUUGUUCUUCGACCUUGAAAGGAAUGGUGCGAAUGAUCUGGUUGUCUGAGAUAUCAGUUACGAUGCAACAUAUAUGGCCAAAUUAUAUUCCUCGGUCCUCAAGAAGAUUUUUUUCAUCCUACAUACGAAAUAGAUGUGCUUACGAUUUCCUUGAGUUGCGAUACUUCGAAUAAAUCCCAUUUAUCUCUGUACUCUUCACUAUCAGGUUUAUUUAAUUACAACAAUAAUUUUGUGAUACUGUAAAUCAAUCUUGCCAAUUUGUGACCUAUUUCUAAAGCUAACUUUUUUUAUCCCAUGAUGAAACAUGUAAAUUAUAAUUUCCAUAGAAGUACUAUUUGAACUUUUGAGCUCACGUUAACGAUGUUGAUUUCAAAACCUUGCAAAAAUAAGUGGUUACUAGCGAAGAGACUUAUCAACAUUGCAUUUAAUUAAUAGCGAAUAGCUUAUUAAGAGCAAGCUGCUACUCGUGUCAAAAGGGAGAGAAUAGUUCUACAACUGCCACUGGCAUUGGAAGACUAAGAAGACAUCUGAGUGUCAUGAUAUAACAAAGAAGUAUUGGACUGAACUGAACCUACUUAAAAAAAAAAAUAAACUAACUUCAAAAAUAUAACUACGUAACUAACACGUAUUCACAAUAACAGCAGCAUCUAUCUGACAUUUAUUGUCUUUCAAGAUGUCAUGAGUUUUAUAUCAUUAUCAAUUCAUGAGCUAUUUUUUGCUGAGUAGGAGUAGCUAACAUCAGACACUUCAGUACAAGGACUUUGGAGCGGGAAUGAAUUCCAACAGACAAGAGCUAAAUUCUCAUAUUCAUGAAAAGCCAUGACUUUCUCAAGUUGUUAUAGACACAUUUAUAGCACCUACGCACAUCACGUAAAUCUAGCACAUUUAUCGGCUCACAGGCACAAAUAUAUAUAUAUAUA